GCGGCCCCGCCCCGGCCGCGCUAGCUGGCUGGAAGUGGCGUACGUGCAAAGCGGGCAGAGAUAGUGGCGCCUCCUCCUUGUCCCUGCAACCCCCCCCCCUCCGACUCAGGCAGCGGCGAGGCGAAGGGAGGAGACGCCGACCCGCACCGGGAAGAGGAGGAGACCCUAGUUCCCGGCGCAGAGGGGAGAGGCCGCGGCCCCGGCACUCCCAGCUGUUUCCCUCGCCGGGGCAGCGAUGAGGCGGUGGCGAGCCUGAGCCCCCCGGGGAGAUCAGAGCGGCCUCGGCUCCCGCGGGUGCCCGCUCCCCACCCAGGAGGAGGCCCGGGCUUCGUCGCGGGAGGGGAGGCAGGCAGGCGAGCGGAGGCCGCCGCGGAGCAGGGACGGCCAUGAUGCAGUAAGACCUACCCGCCCUCCCAGGCUCCCUCCCAGCGCGGUCCGCCUGAGCGCUGCUGCCCGCCACGAGCCCCCGGAGCACCAGGGGCGGGCGGCGCCAUGGCCAAUGACAGCGGCGUGGGCAGCGGGGCCGGCCAGGGUGGCGGCGGCGGCGGCGGCAGCGAGCGGGACCGGCAGUACUGCGAGCUGUGCGGGAAGAUGGAGAACCUGCUGCGGUGCGGCCGCUGCCGCAGCUCCUUCUACUGCAGCAAGGAGCACCAGCGCCAGGACUGGAAGAAGCACAAGCUCAUCUGCCGCAGCGGUGGCGGCGCGGCGGCGGCAGGGGGCGCUGCCGAGCACCACGCUGGGGCUGCCGCGGGAGCAGGCGGCGGCGGCGGCGGCGGCUGCAGGGAGGAGGGAGCCGGGGCUAAGAAGGUGCCGCUGGGCGCGGGCCCCGGCGCUGAGGAGGAAGCUGCGGCGCCUCUGACCAACAACCAUGUUCCCGCUGCCGCUGCUGCGCUGUCUGAGGCGGCGGCCCCCGCCGAGGAGGAGGCGGCGGCUCCGGCCGGGGAGGCGGGGCUCGUCUACCGGGACAAAUCCAACCUGUACCCGGGCGGGGGCCAGGCCGGGGCCGGCGGGGGCGCGCUGCGGCCGAACGGGCAGACCAAGUCGCUGGUGCCGCAGCGGCUGGCCCUGGAGUACAUCGUGCCCUGCAUGAACAAGCACGGCAUCUGCGUGGUGGACGAGUUCCUGGGCAAGGAGGUGGGUGGGCGCAUCGCCCGGGAGGUGCGGGCCCUGCACCACACCGGCCGCUUCACCGACGGGCAGCUGGUCAGCCAGAAGAGCGACUCCUCCAAGGACAUCCGCGGGGACAAGAUCACCUGGGUGGAGGGCAAGGAGCCCGGCUGCCAGACCAUCGGGCGCCUCAUGAACAGCAUGGACGAUCUCAUCCGCCACUGCAAUGGCAAGCUGGGCAACUACAAAAUCAACGGCAGGACGAAAGCAAUGGUGGCUUGUUAUCCAGGCAAUGGAACAGGAUAUGUGCGUCAUGUUGAUAAUCCAAAUGGAGAUGGAAGAUGUGUCACAUGUAUAUAUUAUCUUAAUAAAGACUGGGAUGCCAAGGUAAGUGGAGGUAUUCUUCGAAUAUUCCCAGAAGGCAAAGCUCAAUUUGCUGAUAUUGAACCCAAAUUUGAUAGACUGCUGUUUUUCUGGUCUGACCGCCGUAACCCUCAUGAAGUGCAACCAGCAUUUGCUACAAGGUACGCAAUAACAGUGUGGUAUUUUGAUGCAGAUGAAAGAGCACGAGCUAAAGUAAAAUAUCUAACUGGUGAAAAAGGUGUGAGGGUUGAACUCAAUAAACCGUCUGACUCAAUUGGGAAAGACGUUUUAUAAAGCAUUUCAUCUAGCCAACUCUCCUUGCUACUUUCCCCCAGUAAACUAUUAACUUUUGAAUGUGAAUAAUGGGAUAAAGAAAAAUUGACAAGAAAUCAACGUUUUAAUAAGGAAACAAACACAGCGUUUCAAUGUUGCAUCAAACAGAAGAUUUUGACUGCUGAAGCAUUGUGCUAUGUGAUUGUGACUCCAGACCUGUGACUGCUUAUGUAAAGAAGAUAAGCAAUCAGUAAGAAAUAGCGUACACAUAUGGACAUGAAAUAAGUGCCCUACAUAGAAUUUUUCCAUUCUUAUAUUUUGCCAGACCUGUCAUCCAAUUCAUCUCUCCCUUUUUUUAUACGGUAAAGUUUGGAUUUGGGGUAAUUUUUGUAUGACCAGGUACAAUUUAUCAAAAUUGAGUAAAAAUACAGUAUUCUCCAAAAUAUCAUUGAUCUAUUUUUGUAAAACUGUUCAUACUGUUCUCUGCCAUGAAAUACCUAAUUUAAUAUAAGAAUUGCCAGUAACUGAUGAUCACUUUAAUUUUCUUUACAUCUAAAGUCAGAAAAGGAGCACUUUAAUUACCAGCUAAAAACCUGAUUGUUUUACGUUCAUAUCUCACACUAAUUUGAACUUUUAAAGAUUGCUGCUGUAUUGUUUUUGACUGUCCUUUAUGAAACUUGUUAACAGAAACAAAUCACUAUCUUACUAUCAGCAAUUUCUAAUUCAUGGUGUUGUAUGUUGAAUCCACAGAGGGGAAGGAUUCUGUAUUUUUUUUUUUUUUUUUUUAAGUGACUGGCACUAAGUGAACUUGACACUAUCCAUGCUGUAGGUGGCUUUGGGGACCUGGUAAAUACCGUCAAGUUCCUAGGAUACAUAAGGGCUUUCCUAGGCUUUUAGAGGUACCCAGAACCUCCUCCCUAUGUAUUUGACAGGAGAAUUCCACCUUUUUCUUCCUUCCUGAAAGUUGUUCUUUUACUGUAUAUAAGUUAAUAGAACGUUGAAAUUCACAAACUUUGUGUUCUUUCUGAAUAUUGGUGUCCCAUCUGGUCUGCAGGCUGGCACCUUGGUCUGUUAUAUAGUAUCAAGGGAACAUUCAGUACAUUGAGGCUGAAGUGCAUCACUACAAGCUUCAUGUGUAAUACAUUUUCAGAUUGUCACUCUGCUGAAGGAUUUCCCCAAAAAGGCACUGGCCUUUGAUCAGUCCUGAGUAUUUAGCGGGAAAAAAUUACUUUAUUUUUACAUUUUCAUUUUUUGUAAAGGAAAAACGGACUUUACAGAAUAAAGAUGAGACAUCCAAAAGCUUUGAAAUUCUGUUACUUAAGAGAUGGAUGCUCUAGUCUUGAGCUUUAAAGUUUGAGAGAACAAAGAAAAUCCUAAAAGGCAGCAUCCAAAUGUCUUUGGUAUUUGAGCUCACCUCCUUCAAUUUUUCUAUCUGUCCUUGAUUUCCUUACAUAGCCAAAACAAUGUGAGUGUACAGAAAUAUUUCUGUAUAUAAUAUUACAGCUUACGACAGUUUUAGCAUCUGUAUAGUUUGUAUUCAAUCAGAGACCUUUUCUAUGGAAAGCUCAGUAAUUUUUAUUAAAAAGAUUACUAUUCAUGUAAAACAUGAAAAAAAGACCCAACAACCCUAAUUUUAUUUAGUGACAGACUGACUGGUGUGUGUGUGGAGGGUGGGAUGGGGCGUGGGGGAAAUUCAGUAUUGUGAUACACUGGAGGAGACCUUAAGGAAAAAUUCUCAUUUUGUUCAGACCUUAAUUAGUCCUCACCCUUUACAGUUUAGUUUCUUUCCUCCAUUCCCAGAAAAUCAGACAAGACACCUCUCUACUGUAAGUGCCUCUGCCAGCCUGACCAAGGAGUGCAAAUCUUCAUUACUGUCUGGUCUACAGUGCAGUGCAUUGCAUUAGGCCAGCUUUAACAAAACAAACAAACACACACAAAAAAGCCACCACUUUUCAUUUUAUCUGCUUUUGUAUUAUUUUGAUGGAGAUUUGAUUGGUUUUGUUUCAGAAAUGUACAGCAUAAACCUUUCAAUUCUGUUCCAGUCCCUCUGUAAUUCAAACGUCUAUUGCUGCAGGUAUGCAAAGUAUCAAAUUCUAAUCACUGUAUAGGUUUCUGCUUGCCAGAGAGGUUAAAAAAAAGAGAGUGCUUAAUUUUUUGCUUCAUCAUUUCUUGUCAAUCAUUACAAAAGGGUCAACAAAUCAGAGCAGCCAUUUCUUUAACAGUAUCCUUUUAGAAUCUGUUCAUUUCAUGUCAGUUGAAAUCUUCAAUCUUAGCCUCACAAAGCAGGUCCCUGUUUAAAACUAUUUUUUAAACUGUCUUAUGACCUGUAUGUGUUUAGUCCUGGUUAAAUAAAGAUAAAGCUUCAUAAUACUAUUUUUAUUCAUGACAUUAGCCAGCUGUAACACACGAGACCUUUUUCUAUAACAGGCAAAGAAAUUCAGGAUUCAUUUACAGAUUGCUUAUAAAGUCAUGUAAUUUGAAAAGCAGUGUUCGUUAUAAAGAGCUCUCAAGUUGCUUGUAAAGCUAAUCUAAUUAAAAAGAUGUAUAAAGGUUCUUGGAAACAAUGUGGUGGUUAUUUGUAAUUAUGUAACUUUUUAAAGCCUACUCCGCAGCAGCUAAUUUAUAAUCUGAUAAAAUAGGGGUGUGUGUGUCUGUUUUUAGCAUUCAGUGAUACUACAGCUACAGUCAAGGGUCUGCCAUUUGUUUCCUUGAUAAACUCUGUUUUUAAUUA